AUGGCUAGUACGGGCAUAUGCUUCUCCAUACUAUUGUAUUUAUCUUUUUCAAGCAAAAAUACGCAAGGAAAACUGUUGGAGGGUAAAAUAGUUCAGGGGGAUUACGUAAAAAUUGUUAAAUACCCUCAUGCCGUUUACUUAGAAAUAACAUGUGAAGAUAAAUCAAUGCAUAUUUGUGGAUCAUCUGUACUGAACCAGUAUUAUCUGAUUUCAGUAGCACACUGUUUUAAUACUGUUGGAAAAAAUGGCAAAAUAUUAGCUUUCGCUGGACAUGAAGAUAUAAACAAGGCAAAUGUGUUGAGAAAAAAUAUGAUACCAAUAAUCCACAGUAAAUAUGACCAUUCUAAAGUUGAAAAUGAUAUUGCCUUAUUAUUGCUGAAUAAAAAAUUGCCACUGGGGGAACGUACGCAGAGAAUUAUUAUAAUGAAGAAUUUUCCACCAGUGACUGCAGGUUCUAUAGCUGGAUGGGGAGUGAUCAAUGAUUUCACUGAUGAAGAAUCAUUUUUAUUAAAAUCUGUACCGCAAAAACUCAAAACCAGAAAAUAUUGCAACGUUUUAAGAUUAGGACCAGGGAUGUUUUGCGCCGGAAGCAUUCGAACUUCUGAUCCGAGACCGGCUGCCGGAGAUUCUGGUAGUGGUUUGGUUACAGAGAGCUAUCAAUUAAUAGGAGUCUUAUCAUACAAAGUGGCUAAGUACCCCGCUCUGCCUGUGUACACUAAUGUUUCAUAUUAUUAUAAGUGGAUUAAAUAUCAGACUAAAUCUUCAUUUUGUAUGUAG